UAAAUUUAGGCUACUAGACUAGAUCUAGAUCUAGAUCUACUGUAACUAUCAUAUCUAGAUCUGGACUCUAGAUACUAAGAUAGAUCUAAAAUUUAGAUAUCUAUCUACAUCUAGGUCUACAUAAUCUAUGAUAGUCUAGAAUAUGUUAUAAUUAUAAUUAAUAUAAAUAUAAUGUUAACGAGUUUUAGACCAGAUUUCUGCUAGAAUAUGGAUAAUGAUUUAAGACACAAACCUAGUCCUCCUAGACGUGUGGAUCUUCCGUCUUCAAGCAACAUAAAUUAUUAUAAUCCUGUCAAGCAUCAAAAUUUAAUAGAUGACCCUGUAGAGAUAAAACCUGUACAAUAUGCUGGAGAAAUUGAAGGUGUUUCUCCACAUUUAGAUAUUACAAAUAGAACAGACGUUCUGAGAAUAAUAGACAAAGGAAAAAAACAAGGUUUUAUUCCAGCCCAUGUGACUGGUGAACGUGUUGCUAUACUUAGUCUAAGUAUAUUUAACAUUAAAAUAAGCAAAUACAAUGCAACAGAGGAUUUGUUACUACGGAUACCUAUGCAUGAAAUAGCAGCGACUUGUUAUAUUAAAGAUGACAAAGAGCAUAUACUUGCUAUAAAAUUUGGUACUCCAGAGUCUUGUAAAUUGGCUGUGUUAUAUUGUGAUAGUAAACCAAUAGCUGAAGAGAUAUGUUCGUUGGUUGGUCAGUGUUUUAAUCUGGUUUACACAGAAGCUUUAUUUAGACUUUUAGAUCGACCACUUUCAUCAGCAGAGCAACAUGCCCAGCAUCCUGGCAGUGAUGGAAGCGGAUCUGGAACUAUUGAAAAUGUACCAGUACCUCCAUCUCCAUUUACACGUGGACCACGCAGUGAGUCUGGAAAUUCUAAAGCCAGUGAUACAGGAACUGGUAAAGAACUUUUAGAAGACUACAUGAACAAGCUGAAAGCUAAACUAGAUGCAGAUGAGCUGAGAAAAUUCUUACAAUUACUAAAUGACUGGAAAAAAGACAAUAACUUCAUUGUAUUCUGUGAUAAGUUUUUAGCCCUGCUUGGUUCUGACAGAAAACAGCUUUUAUCAGAAUUGGUGCCAUUCAUUCCAGAUCAUAAUUACCAAUAUUUUGAGGAGUUUUUACUAAAAAAUGACAUUCAGCAGUUGGACGCAUCUAGUACUUUGUCAAGUUCAGGAAAUAAUUUACAUUAUCCUACGAGAAGAUCUUUCAGUGGGGUAUCCACUGCUAGUAGUGUCAGUAACAAUGCAGUAGGAGCAGAUGCCCUUGAAAACUUCUUAGAUUUCGCCAAUACCCAGUUUGACAGUGUGGAUGUUGACAUUGACCCAAAGGCAUAUGUCCCUAGUGAAGACUACUGAGUGGGCUGAUCAUUAAAGAAAUAGGACUUCUCACAUAUAUGAGUGUAUGUGUGUGAUAACAUCUUAAACCUUUAAACCUAACCUUGUAUUCCUAAUCACAUUACAAAAAAUAGUCAGUCUUUAAGAACAAAACCCAGAACAUUAUUUCAAAAAUAUAAUUUAAAUUAAUGCUUACUAUUAAUAGAGAUAGCUACAUUAAAUAUGCCAAGUUUGUGAAAUAAUAAACAUAUCAGAGGAUGACAGUUCUACAUUACGAGGAGAAAAAUCUUACAAACAAAUUGAGGUUUUUCAAAUUUUAAAUGUUGGGUUUUAUUGCAUGCAUAAUAAGUAUUUCAUUUUUGUGGUAGUAUAAGGUUUAUUGUUUAGUAAGAUCAUUAACACAUACUUUUAAUUUAACCAUUUAAAAAAAGGCUCAAGGAAUUAAAAUUUAGCUGCAACUUAGAAGCUUGGGCAAACAUGUCUAGAAAAUUGACUAAUUCUAUUAAAGUUUAUUUGUAAAUUAUAAGAGUCAUUUUAAUAUUUUAGGUCACAUUUAGAAGAGAGAAAGUGUAUUUAUGGUUAACCCUACCUCCCCCUGCCCCAAUAAACUGUCUAAAUCUAAUGAAAAUCAAGAUGUUUUCUUAUCAAUCGAUCUCUCACAGUAUCUUUCAACUUUCAGACAAUUUUCUUGUAAAAACACACCAAUUCAAUGUAAACACAUGGGCGCAGCCAUUUUGCAAAGCUAAACUUGUGGUUUCAUUAUGAUUGGUUAUUUUUAGAUUCUGACUCAUUUUUAGCAUCAAAUUGUCAAGUACCGAAAAAACUGGUACACCGGCUUAGCUGCCAUUUUGGAAAUUACUGAAAAACAGUUACACCAGAGUUAAUGGCAACAAGUGCUAAGACUCUGUAAGAAAUAUUUAGCUCUGUAACUGGUUAGGUUGUGCUGGGUUUCACCACUGAUCUAGAGGUUUAUUUAGGUGAAUGUCCAGUUUUAGCACAGCAAAGUAAACAUAGCAAAAUCAAUCCAUUUUAAUUUCAACAACAUAUGCUGGUUUCAGAGUCAUCCAUUAUGGUCAUAUGUUUGACCAAUGUGGGAAGGUAAUGCAAAAGAAUGUAAAUUUGACAUAAUUUCUCUUGAUUCCCAGGGAGAUCAUUUCAUUGGUGAUCUGAUUUCUGUUGCAAUUUUAAGAUAUGUCAUUUCUGUUGAUCAACAUUAAAUGAGCAGAUAAAUUUUACAGUUUGUUACUAAUCUUAUUAGUAAUUAGUAGUUAAUUAGAUUAAUUUUGUUUUUGUUUUGGAAAAAAAAUAUUUUUUUUACCAUCUGUUUUAACGUGAACAUGUUUAGGCAAAUGAAUUUGAAAAUUGAUUUAUUAGUAGUUUUAGGUCUAUUAUUAGUACUGGUAAAACUGAACUUAACGAUUCAUAAGAAUGUAUUUUUUUCCAAAGCUCAGUCUGUCUGUGCAAGUUAUUUUUCCCACACCCAAUCUUGGAUCAAGUUUAAAUUUUGCACAAUUAUUUCUAAUACCUGAAAGAAACAAUAAUCAUUUUUUUUUUAAAUUAACCAAUUUAAUUAACUAUUGGUACCGGUAAUUUAUUAUUUUGUUUGGUAUCAAAAAAGGGAAAGAAAUUGUAAUCAACAGAUGUGGUAGUAUAAUUUGAAUUAGGAAUUAGUCCCCUUAAGGGGACUUGAGCCCAGAGCUCAAAUUCACAUUGUGCUGAAUGCAUGAAAUUGUGCUAAACAAAAAACAGUUGGUAAAAAUAUUUCUAAUCGCACAGACUUACUAUUGUUAGUCUAGAUCUAUUACAAAUUUAAUUACAUGACUCAUCCAAACUAAGUGAUACAACUACAUUUAUUAUAAGCUUUGAUUUUCUUUUAAAAAGUAUUUUUUACUUUAUCUUGUUUAAAUAAAAAAUUUAAAAAAAUAAGAUUUUUUAUUUGAUGGGACUAUGUCAGUGUUAAUGCCCAACUCUAAUUUGAAUAUUUUUUUUCUGUAAGAAAAAUCUACCAAAAAUUUCCUUCAUUAAAUUUGUUUUUCUUGUUCAAUUAUUCAUUGUACAAUUUUACAUAUUUCCCGUAAAAAAUAUGUAUAUAAAUUUGUUGCACUUCAACUUCUAAAACAUUAUUCAUUUGGUUGUGGAGCUUGUUCAAUAUGUAAAUAGCAAAGUGGUUAUUGGGGAUUUUUAGUAUGUGAAUGAAUGAAAGGGUUAGUUUUUUUUCAUUUCAUUGUCUUUUUUUUUUAAUUGUUCAUACAUUUUUUUUUACAACUAUAUUUUAUCUUAUAGGUUGAUUUCAUCUUUUUAUGUGAAAAUUUGCAUUAAGUGUACAGGAGUUGUUUUAAAUUAUGUAAAUAAUGAUUUAAGUAAAAUCAGGCCUUGGAGGCCAACGUGGUAGGGAAUAUUGUAAAGUUUAAUAAAACCUGGGACUGACCAUAAACACAGAAAAAUACAGAUUUUUUAUUUCCAACUUUUUUGUUUUAAGCAUAGAAAGAAAGGUAUGAUGAACCUGUUUUGAUAUUUAGUUAGGCUAGAUCAAAUAAUUAUUAAAUAGGGUACCUGUACAAAUAUUAUUUUGUCAUAAAUUUUGGAGGAUCUGUGCAUUCAUAUUUUUUGGAUGGUUUCAGAGGAUAUGCAUUAUAUUGUUUUUUCUUGACAUGUUGACAUACUACUUAUAAGAACUUUUAAAAAUUUCUUGUUACCAGUGUGCCUUACUGAGCCUUCAAAACCAUUGUUAUCUCUAAUGUAACAAGCUCUGGGUCACAAAAUCUUAUUUUAACUCUUGAAUAGAGUAGAAAAUGUGCACCAGUUGAACCUAUUAUACAGGUUCAAAUAACAUCAAAAACAGCUUUAGACAUAUAAUAUGUAAAAAAAUGUAUGAAAUUUAUGAAGAUAAAAUGAUUUGAUUAUUUAUCAUUAUAUGACCAUUAUAUUGUUUAGGACCUAAUAUUCUUUUUUUUUUUCGCAAUCAUUCCUAGGAAAAUAAAAGCAAAAUGAUAAAACAUAAAAUCUGUAGAACAAAUUUUGUGCUUGCUCAUCUCGUGACAUCUACAUGAACACAGCUUGCUGGUAAUCAUGGAUCUAUUGAUAGCUCGCAAAAUGAUACUGUGGUUGGAAAAAAAAACAACAUAUUUAUAACUUUUGAAAGUAAUUUCUUAUAAUUUUUAGUUAAUGAAAAAAAAAAUGAUAUUGAAUUUAAAUUUAUGUAACUCAACAUUUGGCCAGAUUUUGGUGGAAAUUUUGUGUAAAACAAAAGAAAAAAAGAGCUCUUAUUGAAAAAACAUUUGAAAGUAAUUGUUAAAACACAUUUACUUUUUAUAAAUUAUAAGUUGCUUACAUUGUAAUUCUAUGAAAAAUUUUGUCCUUUACCAAGUUCUAAUACUAUCUUCAUACACUCAUUAGCUGUAGAUUGCACACACAUAUCACUAAAUGGGAGAAAAAUAAAAUAUAAAGUUGUUCAAAA